AUCGUAGGGACGACUUCCAGACCUUUCCCCGAGACAUACGCAGGGCCACACCAAGCACUCUGACCACAGGCUGUACCUCUUUCGUGCAUUCAGUCAUGCCACCCACACUCGAACUUGUUUCCUCCCGUCGGCUUACACAGGGUAUAGCGCUUCACACAUUUCAGCCUGUCAACCCAACAGACCACGUUCAGCUCCGUCCAACUCAGCACAUAUCCCUCGAAUUUCCAAAGGAUUUAGAUCCCACAGCCGGUCCCCGCAUUCUAAAUGACGAACAGCGGCGGUUAUGCUUUACUCCCUGCCGUGUGAUCACAACGAAGCGCGAUGACGGCACCGCCGAGCAGAGCAUCUCUAUCCUGUCGCGCAACGGACGUGUCACCUCCCUUCUCGGUCUCCCUCGCAUAAACGGGCUUCGGGCAGAGGUCCUGGAUGUUGGUGGAGGCUUUUCGCCUGACCUACUCGGUGUGUCUUCGUCCUUGGGCAACACCAUUGCCGUCGCUGGAGGGACGGGUGCAGGGUGUUUCUUGUCUGUUACAUCUUCAGACAAGAAGCUACCACUGUCGGCUUUCAGCAAGAAGGUAUACCCGUACCAGAACAGACUGUUAUGGAGCAUUCGUGGAGACGACUUCAGGCUUGUGGAAUACGUCCUUGAGAACGGGCUCAUUGACCCCCAAGUGUGGAUAGCUACGGUGUUUGUAACGGCAGGGCAAGAGGACGAUGGAUUGAUCGCAGGUGAAAUUUCAUUGCAGGCGCAUGUCGGAGCAGGAUAUGUUCCCCAACGGCGACGCCGAAUGUGA